GUGCGACUCUAAGUGUCUCAUGCCGUGAACCAGCGGAACACCUGAGAGUGGCUUUGGUUAUGAUCAACACUUUUCCGAGUGUCCGCGCUGUCUUCUCUCUGCCCGUAAAGAACGCGCCAUGGUGGCCCUACUGCUCCUGGUGGCCCCGCUGCUCCUGCACACAGGGCUUGCUCUGGGAUCAAACUUCGGUUAUGUGGAGUGGUCCGACAACGAAAAGGACGAAAAGAGUCCACCGGUCUUAAGCACGCAAAACAUCAACAGGGAGCCGCCCCACCACCCGACCUUAUACCCAGUGCCAUCCACCGAGCGCACGGUGGUGGCGCACAAGAUCGAGGAAGACCUGCCGCGGGUGGUGACCGCUUUCCUGCACACAGGCGACCCCUCGGCGCUGAGACAGGUGAACUGUUCUCGGAGGUACGAGCUGAGCAGCCUGCGGGGCGGCCUGCACGUCGCCUCGCACUACUCCCUGCACAGCAUCCUGGACACCGUGGCACACGCCACAAACUUCCUGAACGCGAUCCUGCAGGCCAACAGGUCCCGGGAGCAAACCCUGCGCAGGGACAUCCACUGGUACCACGCGCUGGUGCAGAGCAUCCUCGAGGGGGACCCCAAAAUCCACAGGGCGGUGGUGUCCUUCCACACCGACGCUCCGACGCCGGGCCCCCACAUGUUCCUGCAGGCAACGAGGACCGAAAAAGAGGUGGUGCUGCGGGACCUGUCCAGCUUUGCGCACCGGCAGAUGAGGAGCAGGAGCCAGGAGUCCGACUGGUUUAACGAGUUCAGGGACGGCAGGAGACCGCACUUGCACAGAAGAGUCAAAGAGAGUGGAAGUUACCUUCUGGACAAGAACCAGAUCAAGUGGUCGGCACCGUAUCUCGAGUGUGAACACGGGGCGUUUGUGCCCUACUGGCUCCUGACCCUGUCUGCUGGUUUCUAUGGACUGAAGAACAACUCUGCUCCGGAGUUCAGAGGUGUCGUUCGUGUGGACGUGAACCUGCAGGACGUGGACAUUGACCAGUGCUCCAACAGUGGCUGGUUUGCUGGAACCCACCGCUGCAAUCUCACCAGUAUGGAAUGCAUGCCCAUCGGUGGCCAUGGAUUCGUUUUGGACAAGUACAAGUGCCAGUGCAGGAGAGGAUUCUACCACCCACGCAGAGUGGCCCUCAAUGGCUUUAAAAGUAAGGAGCUGGGCUCUCACAGGGAUGAGACCUCGGACGUGUCCAACAAGUGCCUGCCAUGCCGCAAGGGUUGCCCCUACUGCCGGGAUGACACGCCCUGUCUGGUGCCGGAAGACGGGGCUCUGCGGCUCGCUGUGGCCGCCUUCCAGGGUCUGUGCAUGGUGCUGGACCUGGCCAGCAUGGUGGUGGUCUACCACUUCAGGAGGAAGAAGAGCAUCCGCACAUCUGGUCUCGUCCUGCUGGAAGCCAUCUUGUUUGGGGCGUUGCUGCUCUACUUCCCAGUGAUGAUCCUGUACUUCCACCCCAGUGUGUUUCGAUGUAUCCUCCUGAGGUGGGUCCGCCUCCUGGGUUUCGCCAUCAUGUACGGCACCAUCAUCCUCAAACUGUACAGGGUGUUAAAGGUGUUCCUGUCCCGCACAGCCCAGAGGACACCGUACAUGACCAGCUGGCGCGUCGUGCGGCUGCUGGCAGUGAUUCUCCUGGUGGUGCUUUGGUUCCUGGUUGCCUGGACCUCAGCCGUGUGCCAGAACCCCGAGCUGAGUCGGGCCCUGAUCGCUGCAGGCCUCACCCCUGAGGGACUCCAGUUCAGCAUGUGCCUGCUGGACCGAUGGGACUACAUGAUGGCCGUGGCGGAGUUCCUGUUCCUGCUGUGGGGCGUGUACCUCUGCUACGCUGUCCGCACCGUGCCCUCGGCUUUUCACGAACCACGUUACAUGGCUGUGGCCAUAUACAAUGAGCUCCUCAUAUCGGCCAUCUUCCACAUCAUCAGGUUCUUUCUGGUGCCAGGACUACACCCUGACUGGAUGCUCAUGCUGUUCUUUGCUCACACUCAUCUGACAGUGACUGUGACUCUGGGUCUGCUGCUCAUUCCAAAGUUCCUGACCAAAGGGACGCAGGCCAGGGAUGAUAUUGCCACAGAGGCGUACGAGGAGGAGCUGGACAUGGGAAGAUCUGGCUCUUACCUGAACAGCAGCAUCACCUCGGCCUGGAGCGAGCACAGUCUGGACCCGGAGGAUAUACGGGAUGAGUUGAAGAAGCUCUAUGCUCAGCUGGAGGUCUACAAAUGCAAGAAGAUGCUGGCAAACAACCCUCAUCUCCAGAAGAAACGCAGCUCCAAAAAAGGCCUGGGCCGUUCGCUGAUGAAACGGAUCACAGAGAUCCCAGAGACCAUGCACAUGCACCGCCAGUGUAGCCGCGAGGACGGCAGCGAGCACGGCAGCAACCGCAGCACCUUGAAGAGGAACCCGUUUGAACCGAGUCAUCAUGGAAAAGCUCGGGAUGACUCCCUGAAGAACAAAGUCAUGGGCUUGAAGAAAUCUCUCAGCUAUGAUCACGUUUGUGACCAGGAUGAAGAAACUGGAAGCCAAACUGGUUCCACAGCAGGAGACAAAACGACUCCUGUCGGAGGCGGCGGGGAGGGAUCCCUUCUGGGCUCCCUCAUUGGCCGCAGACACGCCAAGAAGCAGCUGGAACCCGCCCUGACCCCACCGAGAAUGGAACCGGCCGAGUCCACCGAGUCUGUGCCACUGUUCUGGAAGUCAGCCAGCGCUCACAACUUGACACACGAGAAGAAACCCGUCCUCCUGCGCACCUCCAUCAUGCAGAAGUCUCUGAGCGUGAUCGCCAGCGCCAAGGAGAAGAUGCCAGGGAUCACCAACAAGACGCAGAGUGUGGAGGACGCCAGUAAGAAGGGCCUGAAGGGACAAGAAGGCAGCAUGCUCUCUGAGGUGGACGAGAUGCCAGAGCAUUAUUCAAAAAUGAUCGUCAGCCAGUCGGUGGAGUACUCCAAGACCCCCAUGAAGAUGGGCAUCAUGAAACAACAGGUCAGCGGCAGCCAGCCGUCCAUUUGCUCUGAGAUCGGGAAGAACCUUUAUGACGUGUCCGAGGUUUGUCCCUGGGAAAUGGAGGAACCUGAGACGCCCUCUGAAGGAAAAACACAGAAACAUGUUUCUAUCGCUCCUGGAGAAACCACCGGUGAAACCCGCAGGAGAGGCAGCAGCAGCAGCUCUGGGAUCUCUAAAGGUAGCCGGUCCCAGCAGAGGCAGAAACCAGGGCAGUCGCCUUCCAACAGACGUCGCUCCAAAGAUAAAGGAGGAGAAAAAGAAGAAGGAAGGGAAAUGCGAAAAGCUCGGCCACCCAGGUCACCUCUGCCCCUCAAGCUGGAUGUGUGCCCCUGGGACUUUGAUGACCAGCCCAUGCUGGGAGGAGAUUCAAAUUCCAUCUCUCCAGACAGGAUCAGGCGAAAGAAAAGCGUCACACCCACAGAUGGGAAACCCAAGGGCCUCCACUCGGACCACUCCAAGUCCACAGGAAGCCUUUUACAGCCUCCCUCCCUGAUGGUAGAGAUCUGCCCAUGGGAUUACAACAGCCCGCCGUCCCCUAAACAGGAGAAGACCUGCAGCAGCCCCACGACGCACAAGAAGAAGCGGAAAGGCUCCUGCUCAUCCAACCACAAAGCAGAGAAGGGGAGGGAGAAAAGCAGAGAAAGGCGGAGCUCCUCCAGCAAGCCACCAUCAGAGAGGCGACGGGUCAGCCAGUCGUCUGAGUGCAGCGGGCCGGUGUCUGAGCGGCGAAGGAGCUCCACCAGAGACCCAGAGAUGAUUGAGGUCAGGAGGGCAGAGGUUUUCUCCCAGGAGAGCGAGCCCAGGAACACCAGCUUUGCACAGAAAACUAAACCCUCACCUGAGAGGAAGAAGGAGAGCUCUAGUCACAAACCUGAAGUCAUCAGCGGAGCCCAAAUGGCUGAUGUUUGCCCAUGGGACUUUGAGGAGCAAAACUCUGGGGAGAGGGCAUGAUGACUGGUGCGACGAUUGUUAUUUUUUUUUACUCACAGACUGACAACACACGACAAAGCAAAGAAAAUGAUUGACAAAGAUCCAACAUUGUAUUUGAUAUAAACUUUUUUUUUCUGAGUCACCUUAGUGUAAAAGAUCCUGCGAGGAAAAGAACAUCCCUCCUGCAGUGCAAUGAUGCAAUCCAAACACAACAGUUUGCUUUACAUCGUUAAAUCGCAGAGAAUGCAACUUCAAAGUCACUUUCAAGGAAUGUUUAGUCUGCACUUUUGCUUGCCCAUUUGUCACUAAAUUGUGUGUAUGUUUUUAUUACACUGACUACAUGGAGGUGACAUGUAAAAUCAAUCAUAUUUAUCAGCAGAUCAGACAAUAUUUUGGACACAAACAAAGUCAAUGCUUCAACUAAUGAGCUUUUUGUAUGCCACUACACUGACGAUACUCUACUUUACGUGGGAAACCAGCGGAGGCUUCAUCCAUCAGCUGCUGAUGAGGAAAACCAUCAGACCGGAGGAAAAGACUGUAUGUUUAGAGACACUGGACCAAAACCCCAGACGGAGAUCUGAUGCUUUCCCUUUAGGUCAAAUCCAAAAUUCGUGACACGACGAUGAUCUGUUUGAUUAGAGAAACGUGGGAUCGCAGUGCAGCUCAAUGAAGACGGCUGUAUGUUUCGAUAAACUCAAUAUAAAUGAUGUAUUUCUCUAACAAAAGCCAUAGCAUGUGGUAAAUCAUCAAGCAUCCAAAUAACUAAAUGUUUAUUGGUUAACUUGUUCUCAGAAACAACAGCAGAACUGUUGUUAUGGUAUUUGUCUCACUCUGAUGCUUCUGAAACGAUGUACAUUGCUAUCAAUAAUGAACAUGCGUAUCUCAAAUGGCUUUCAAAUACAUUUGAGUAGUACUGAAAUAUCUAUGAAGCGCUCCCUUCUGUUUAUUUACUGUUUACUCCUCUAUAUUUCUUCCCUGAAUGUCCCAUCUUAAAAAGGGGAAAAGAAACAAAAAACGUCUUUUGCAUUACAGGCUGUAGAAUCCACACACAUAGAGAAGAUGGAGUCUUUCAAGGACCAAACACAACCCUGACUACAGUGGUGGAUGAUGUGAAUAAUGCAUUAUUUUCUGUCGCUUAGUUUCCCUUUUUACAUUUACAUGAAUGCACCUGCCUCCAAAUCUAUUUACGUAUCCAAAACCACGACUAUGCACGACCAAAGAUUAUGUUUUUGCCACUUUCUCCCAGACAGAAAAAUGACAAAUCUACCAUUUCAACACAAGUAACGACAACAACAACAUCAUCCUUUCUGUUCUGUGAUCAGACACCCACCACUGACACCUGUGAUGCAACACAGUCACACACAAUAAUCAGCUCUGUGUCAUUAUUAGUGUGUGCAUGACAGUGAAAAUACAUGGGGCCAUGAUACACUUAGAUUCACCAGAAGUCAUAAAAGAACAGGCGCACACAGAACACGCAGGAUAACUUCAAAUAUAGAUGUCAUAUGUCAUCAUAUAUCCAUCAAGUGUUUUUCAGAAAGAGCUUCCCGAGUUGGACUGAGACGUGUUUUGCUGUCUCUCAAUCGGCAUUCAGUAACAGCAUUCACAAUUUGAAAGGCUCGAUAAAUAAACAUGACCCACCGAUGAAACUCUCACAAGGUGUUUUGCCAUAAGACGGUUUUAAGGUUGUUGGAAAGGAAACGUUGCAACUUGCCCACUUAGUGUACUUCAUGCUUGUUAUACUGUAUUUAAAGUGUUACUCGGAAAACGUUGCAAACUGUUGUAGCAUCCACAUGGGAGUAUUUAUACUGUACAUUCGUAAUGCGCUGCAUGUACAUACAGAAAAUACCCUGUUCUCAACUCUGAAUUAAAUAUUUCUAUA